CAUACUUAAGGUAUUGAUCUCGACGGUUUUACCAAGGCCAAAAUAUUGUGAAACAUUGUCGUUGCCGCCACCGCUGUGCCAAUGCACAGAUAACGAAAUAUAUACACUGACAUAAGAUACUCCUUACACACCUCACGCGCUUAAACACGUACCUAUAUAGCGCCCACGCGAACCCACGUCCACGUCACACACCUGCAGUUACAGCUGCGCUAUGGGUCAGCCGAUGUACUUGUCGCUGUUGGCCAUCACAGUCUGGCUGAUUACUUUGUUGGCCACGUGCCCCGCGUUGGCCGUCGGUUGGCCCGUCGACAGCAGUUUUUACGAUGAGAUCAAGCGCGUAGUGUAUGGUGGUGGCGAAAACAUCGACGACUCCGUUGCCGCCACUGAAUCAUCACCGCCACCGCCACUGUUAUUACCAUCGUCGUCACAGGACAUAAACAGGCCCGUAGAAGUAGAAGGAUGGCCAAGGAGCCCGAUACCCCGCCUAGGACAAGUGAGCGGGGUGGCAAUAAACACGGUUGGGCAACCUGUGAUUUUUCACCGGGGAAGCCGUGUCUGGGACGAGAAUUCAUUCAACGAAACAUUCCACUACCAACACAUAGAGGAAGGUCCCAUUUUAACAAAUGCCAUUGUCACUCUGAGUCCGAAAACCGGCGAGGUUUUAUCUAGCUGGGGAGCAGGUUUCUUCUACAUGCCCCACGGCAUCACAAUAGAUCACCAAGGGAACGUAUGGGUCACAGAUGUGGCCAUGCAUCAAGUGUUUAAGUUUUCGCCCGGAGCGCCCAGAGCGUCAUUAACCUUUGGCAAGAGAUUCGAGAACGGCAAAGGAUACAGGACAUUGUGUCAACCUACUUCUGUGGCCAUCGCUUCGACUGGUGACAUUUUCAUUGCUGACGGAUACUGCAACUCUAGAGUUUUAAAAUUCACAAGCCGAGGAGAGUUGCUACGAGUUUUUCCUCACGCCAACGAAUUUCUGAGCCUUCAAGUACCACACAGCUUAGCGUUGCUUGAAAAACACGACCUCAUCUGCAUUGCUGACCGUGAAGAUAUGAGAGUUGUGUGCAGGGGCGCUGAGCUUUCGACAGAAAGCAAAGAACAGGCCCCGUUAACGAUUCAACAGCCAGACUUGGGACGAGUGUACGCGAUAACCAAUCACGGCGAUUUGAUUUACGCCGUUAACGGACCUACAUCACCCCUGAUACCGGUACGAGGAUUUACCAUAAACCCUAUGACCGAGAAUAUUGUCGAUCACUGGACACUAUCCAAAAAUGCAGCUAUCAAUGUGCCGCACGACAUAGCUAUUUCGAAAGACGGUUCGUCGUUGUACGUAGCUUCCAUCAGUCCGAAUCGCAUAGUGAAAUACACGAUGAUGCCAGUUACUCCAUUGAAAUCCGAAUAAUACUCAAAAAAUAUUCUACACGCAAAACUACACAAAAACAAUAUUUAUUUAUUCCAUAGAAUUAGGUCACGAUAUAUUCAUUAUUUGAUUAUUGAUUAAUGAAUAUAACGAUAUAUUCGAUGAUCCAUCAAAUUAAUGAUUGGGCAAUUAAAUUAAAUUAAGCCUAUUGUUACAAGUAGCCAGUAGGAUAUAUUUUCCUGAAUUCUGUUCGGUUUACUUAUAAUAAAUAAACGUACAUAAAAUAGGUA